AUGCCCUCCUCCGCCGCAUUGCGGGCAUCUCUGUCGCCGCAGACGCGCGGGCAGCAGCAGGGUGGACAAAAUCCGAAUGGAACCCUGCCGGCCCGCCAUCUCGAUAUUAUGCCGGGUAGCGCACGGCCAAAAAGGGUGAUUAUAGCCCACCGCACGCGGGAGGAGAGACGAGCCGAGCGCCGAGGCGUUCCAUUGUUGCGCAGAUCAGCCAGACUAGAAAUGCGGUACGAUGUAGCAUUGACAAAGUUCUUCCCUUACUUCCGCCUCAACGGGGUGGACCUUCCCCAGUCUCCAUGCGCGGUUGACGACACGCUUGUGGGGUACAUCACUUUCCUCUGGGAGGAUGGCGACACGUCGGGCCUCCUCGGUGACGCCACUAGCGAAGUGCAGGCCCGGAUUCCCUCCUUGAAGAAAUGCUUGCACGGCAGUUGGCUCAUGCUGAAAGCGUGGGAGAACAAGGAGUUGCCUGUCCAAGCGCCGCCGCUGCCACGAGCGGUGGCUUGGGGCCUGGUGGGCCUCGCGCUCGAGGUUGGUUUUACCGGCGUUGCGUGCGCGUUUGCGAUCGCUUGUCACUGCAUGCUUCGGACCGCCGAGGCGUUGUGCCUCCAGGCCUCGGACAUUGCCCUCGGGCAGUCGAGCACGGUGAUCACCCUCCCCUUUACCAAGAAGGUGCUGCGUGACACGGUCGCCAUCCAUGACACCCUCGUCACCCGAUUGUUCGCGCAGCGUCUGAAUAGUUUGCUUCCUGGCGACCAGCUUGCCGAUGUGAGUUGUCAGUAG